CCGGACUCUCAGGUGCCAAACCUAAAAUAACUUUGCUAAGCCCUUCAAAUAUGUAUACAGAUUUAUGUGUCUAAUGUACGGCUUCUACUUGUAUUCUAAAAGAUUCCCCAAGGAAACGAGUUCACAGAAUUGCAGUAGUGAAUCUGCAGCCAGGACGGUUUUAUAGAGACUGGUGGCGGUUUUAUCUUCAAGGCUGCGGGAACAUGGAAAUAAUACAGCGCCAUAUCUUUCGCCAAGAUUUUCUUCGUUUAAUACACACACAUUCUCUCUCUCCAUCCAUCUCUUUCUCCUGCUUUAGAAUCUGUUCUCGUAAAGAAAUAAAGAAGGAAAGAAAAAAAAAAAGAAAUAAAUGUUACCAAAUUUCAGGAGAUUUUAUUACUACAGAUCUUAGUUUGUCCCACAGUUUAUCCUCAGACCCACUGUCAUCAUCGCUUGUUGUUGUGAACGUUUGAGUAACAGAAGACGAGAGCGAACAAAGUUUUGUGAGAGCUGGCUGAGUGGCUUAAAGGUGGUUCGGUGUUGCGACCGGAAUCAGACCUCUGACAACCACCAUCGACCGCUACUAAGGGAUCCAAAACUUGCAUCAACCCAAGUAACGCACCCCGCCGACACACCGGCUGAUAGACAGACCCCUUGAUUGCGUGGAAUCUCGGGAUUAGUCCCUGGAACUCACAAACACGCACAGACAGAUAAAGAAAGACAGAGAAAUGGACCGAGGACAGAGGAAAUAAAUUUUAAAAAAAAAAGACCAAGAGUAGAAAGAAACCAUCUUACACGAAGGCCACGGUGGAAGAUUAUGCGAGUGGGUGGAAUGAAACUGGAGGCUAAUUGAUCCCUGUGGAGGUCAACUGGAUGGUAAGGUUGGGCGACUUGUCGCUUGUGUGGUCGCUCCUCCAUCACAACCCGCGCGCCAUAUCGACCUCCAGCACCAGACCCUGACUGUCAUUUCCCUGAACGCGGGAGACAAAUCGCGGCCACGUAAUGGAACCGCCCGCGCAGCCUCAUCUCAACAGCCACGCGACAGUUCUGGGCGCUGGAAUGGGCGCUGCUGGCCAGCCUCCCAGAGAUGCCGGGUGGAUGCCGUGAGACGACACCCUGUGUUCUGGCGGGAAGUAAGUACUCAGUUGACUCGUGCGCUUCUUGUGCAUUUGUCGUAGACUUGAAAGUGAAUCGAACGGUUUGCCCUCAAUGGACAACCACAAGACAACAAAAGCAGACGACUGCGACAUCCCUGUGUCACACCAUCAGCACCAAGAAGGAUGGUCAAGCGACCGCGUGGAAGCAUCCUCGUCUCAACCCACCGCAAAAGAAGCGGCGUUACCUACCCCUGAACGUCCACGCCCAAAGUGACGACACCAUCAAGAACUCUCCCAACCCUCAAGAAUAUGCGAGAAAAGCUCCCCCAACCGCCAGUCGCUGCAACGACCCAGCCUUCCCGGCAUGCGUUCACAUGGCAGGACAGUAUGACAUCGGUUCCACUGUCCCCGGCCCUGCGGGUUCGCUUCCUACGAGGAUUUUCUCUUUCCGGACCUGCGGCUGCACGAUGACGUGGACAACGCACUCUUCUGUCAGCAGGGAGAUGAACAGCCGGCCAAAGGCAAAGAUCCACGAUCUGACGGUGAUGGCAGCAGUCGUCCGUGCCACUAUCCUCAGAUUGUCGUGAUGCACCCGACUAAAAUUCGCUGGCGAGAAUCCAGCCCUGUUGCCAGCACAACCUUUGCGUUCCUGGUUGGUCUGCUGACGACGGUCGUUUGUGCCUGGCCCUGUGGAAUCAUCGCUGUCAUCGCUGCUAAGAGGGCUAGAGAUAGCGUUGCCAUUGGAGACUUCACUAGGGCACGUCGGCUUGUGCAGAAUGCUCUCAUCUACAGCGCCCUGUCUCUCAUCUUCGGACUCAUCAUGUGGCUUGUCAUCUGCUGGCGCACUGAUGUCAUCGUUCACUCCGCCCUGCGCCACGGCAUCGCAGACUGCCACUGACUAGCAACCAUGGAAGACCAUCGAUCCCUUUAAAGCUUUACUGUUACACAAGCACACACACAGAGACUGAGAUACAAUGUGAGAUCGAUGAUCUGGUACCGAUCAAUUAAAGGAAAAAACUAUCUGAUUAAAAUAAAACGUUUCCGGCAAAGCCGACUUUUCCGGCGUAGCCACUGA